UGUAGGGAACGAGCCCAUUUCGAUAUUGAAAAUGAGGCUGGCGUUAAGGGCGGAGAGGUGGGGGGAAACUGGAUCAUUCACACUGGUUGGUUUCACCACCCCUCAGUAGACAUACCAAUCACAUGACAUUGUAUUCCAAAGAGACAGGAUAUGAGGUUACAUGAAUUCAUUAUGCAAUGUGUCCUCUGUAUCUCACUGUAACAUACUGUAAGCCACUGAAUAUAAACAAACACAUCAUAAUCAUCACAACCACACACACACACACACACACACACACACACACACACACACACACACACACACACACACACACACACACACACACACACACACACACACACACACACACAGUAAAAACUUGGUUCUGUCUUCUGUAUCUUAUUUCUGCUGUGGUGUCUAUAUAUAGAGAUUGUAAAAAUGUAUUAAUAAACAUAGACUACCAUGACUAUAAUGAGACACCUAAAAAUGCAAUUAUGUGGACCACUUUAAUUCAUGCAGCUGCAAUAAUUACAUCUUCAAAUGAUUUUUAUCUUCCACAAUAAUAUAAAGAAAGGUCAGAAGCUUUCAAAACUAUAAAGCAAAAGAAAUGUAUCUACAUUUGGAUUUAUUUACAAUGACAUGUAUGCUUAAGACGUGUAUGUACACCUGUGCUUCUGACAGAUGGGCAAGGGGGAGGGAUGGAGAAUGAGAGAGAAAGUGGAAGAGAAAAUAGGUCAGAGGAAGAAGCAGAGGAUACAGAAAAAGGACGUACAUGUCUAAUAUAAAUAGAAGGAAACAGGAAGCAGACAGAAUCUAGAGCAAAGUACAAAAUCACAGGGGGACAGUCAGUAUUACUUCUAGACAUAUUUUUAAGCAAAUCUUUGUAUUCACAAAGGGUCACCAAUCGACAUUCAAGAAACCAAUAUAAAUCAAAUUCAUCAGUGUGAAUGAAUGUACCCGGGGGACGCAGAGCCCUCUUUCUUUAAAAGCGUCUUCCUUGUCCUCCCCUAAAUGGCCUUGGUCCUAAUUUAUAACCAAUCCACACCAUGUGCUCUGUUGCAUGCAAUAUGUCUCACUCGCUCUCUCUGUGUCUCUCUCUCUCUCUCACACACACACACACACACACACACACACACAGGCACAUAUACACAGAAAACUCUGCCCUGGUAGGACCCCCAUCUAAUCCUGCUGAGUUAUUUAUGAGCUUCUGGCAUCUGCUCCCCUCGAUGACCAUUCAGAAUUUAAAAAAAAUCUUUGAAACUGGUUACCAAGCGUGCUUCUGGAGAUCCUGCAUGCACUUUCUUUCAGAAUUUAGUUUUAAUCCUUGUCUAACAUGCACAUAUACACACAAACACCUGCCUCUGUGUCCAUGCUCUCGUUAAAACUAAACCUUGCAGGCAAAAUAGAUUCGUAAAGGGUGACCUAAACAUUUACAAAACGUACAUCUACAAUGACUGCAUUAAUUGCUGUUUAAGGGUCCAAACUUUGCAUUACGAGCUACAUUUCCAACCUUACCAACAACACUAAAUGUAUGAAAUAAUAGAUAUAUAAACGUUAAAAUUUUUAUUAAAAAUGGAAAUUUUAUAUAAACUAUUCACAUAUGUCCCAUCGCCCACCUGACAAACAGAUAAAACGGUUCUCUGCUUUACUGUAAAGUAAGUAGACAUUACAGUAUAUUUAGUAUAAGAUGCUCAAUUACUUGCAGUAACCUCAACCGAUUGCUUUUUAUAGUUGCUGUUCCUGCACAACACUUACUAUUAUAACUUUAAUAUAAAGAUUAUGUUUAUGCAUGCAUAUUUUAAGCAUGCGUCUCUGGAAAGCAAUGCUUGUGUGCUACUUACAGUUUCAUUUGUUUGAAACUGUGAUGUUGAGCCUGGGUAAUGAUCUAGCGACAGUCAUGCGACCCCAACAGAUGGAGCUAACAAUAUCUGUUCUGUUCCCUAAAAAAAUUCACUCAGCAGGUAGCACAAAUGCAGUGGUUACAUUUCAGGAGCAUGACUAAAGUGAUUGUGUUGAUUCUCACAUGUAUUAUGUUCCCUGCAUCCUCACAAAAUGAACAGCCCUUUGCUCCUGUGUUCAUGUGCUACAAAGCCCACUUAACUGACUGACUUAAUUCACAUACAGAGAAAUUGAAGUGGGUCCCUGCUUAAAAAAAGAACCCCACCACCUGAUGAAAUAAGUUGACUUUUUAAGCUAGUAAAAAUAACAUAGUGAAGAUCUAUUAAAACGAUGUAAUGCCUGCAGAAAUUAAAACUCACAACAAUGUGUAUAUUCUUCAGCUAAAACAUGUUCAAAACCAAUUGACGGAUGAUGUCCCAGAGGUCCACAUCUAAUUAAGAUCAGCAGGCAGACACAGACGUGGUUAUAGAUUUUAUUGUCAUAUCCACUUGUGCUGUUUGGAAUAGCAAGGAAUUGCCUGUCACCUACUGGCCAGAAAUGGUCAAGAUUAGCCGCAAGACCACUUUUUCUGCAUAGCAUUUUAGUGACAUCCAGUAACAUUUUUUUCUGUGUAAAAACAAUUAUAACACAAAUCAGCAAAGAUGAGGCGUUAUACACCAUAACUGACGUUACUUCUAGUUUGUUGUCACAUUGGAAUUGUAUGGUAAAACAAGUUUGUUUCAUAGGGAGACUCUGUGCACUGCUUUGUUGUGUGCUAUAGGUACAUUUUAUCAUAUGCAGUUUCAUUUUUGCAUAUAAUGCACAGUACACUGCAGAAACAGGAGUAGUGUCUAUAACAACUAGAACAAAACUAUACAUUUCAUUUAGACAUUUCUACAUUUUGCUUUACAUCAGUCAGCUAUCACUUCCUAUCUCAUCAGUCUCAAAAUUGCACCACAAACUUUGACACACUUUAUGUUUAGCCACUGAGCCGCUUUGAUGUCACUGCUGUUCUAUAGUUGUGGUAUUCAGCAUUUACACACUUUUUUCCUUUAGCAGAGUUAAAAAUUCUACCUUUAAACACCUUUGUGAAAUAACAAUAAAAUAAUUCAGAAAAACAUACAGUUCCAGCAAUUAUUCAGGGGCUGUGAUUUCACAUAAUUAAUUUCAUGCUUUCAAGAAGUCGCUUGACAAACUAUUAUACUACCAUAAUCAUUUUAAUUCUGCAUACAGGUUGUCUUCCCUAACCUAAAUCAUACAUGCAUGUUACGUAUUACUCUGGAGCUGCAGGAAAUUGAAAAAAAAAACUAAAAUAAAAAAACUAAAACCUAAAAUACAUCACACCUUAUACCAGUGGUUCUUAAACUGGGGGCCUUGGCCCCCUGGGGGGCCCUGAGAUUGUGCGGGGGGCUCCAGUUUGAUAAAAUUGUAUAAAAUCCAUUAAUUUAUUAUGGAUUCUGUGUAAUUUAACCUCAGCAAAUUAAGGCUACUAACCAACAGCAUUACAGUGUAUAUUUUUUAAGUUUUGUUUAAUUAAAAUGUUAUGUUUUAGCAUGUUUUAUGUACACAAGGUGGGCCGCACACCGAUAAAGCUUGAGAACCACUUCCUUAUCUAGAAAAUGUUUAAUGUAAAUGUUCGUGCACACAUUAUAUUUAAAAAAAUAAAUAGCACGAAAGUGGUUCACUGGCUCGUAUUCAUAGGGGGACCACUAGCACCCAGCACCUGUGUACCAUAUUGUGCUAUGUAGAACCAUAAGUGGUGCUAUAGUUGUGCUAUUACACCACUUAUGGUUGGUUUCUCUAUGGUUAUGGGCCAAUGAAAGACUUUUAAUGCUAUUCGGCACCAAUUUAUUUUAAAAUGUUGUUGUUGUGUUUAGUGCUUUGCACUGGUUUAUUGUUUAGUGUAUUACAAUAUUUUUUUACAUAUUUGUAUGAUCUAGGCCAACGGUCCGAGCCUCACAGAGCAGGUGUGUUUCUAAAUGCAGUUUACUCUUUGUCCUCCCACAGUGGGUGAGUUGUUGUAUAAAGUCACUUCGGAAUGUCAACACAAAAUUUGUGUGAAAAAUGUGUUUGUCACCUCGACAGUUUAGUGUGAGAGUAAAAUAGGCUACUAUAACAUUUUUAGGUUAAGCAUUUCCUUUAUUUUGGCCACCCCCUAAAUUUUCCAUUAAACAGCUCAAUUUCACUACUUUCAUGUCAUUUGCAUUAACCACCUCUUCUUUCCUUCUUUUUAAUGUUCUCGUUCAUUUCAGUGUAUAUAGUUAGCACAAUUUAACUGUAAAUUUGCACAAAAAAAAUCCAAGUCUGCUAACAACUUUAUAAAUCUGAUGUGUUUUUUGGGGGGUAUAGAGACAUGCUUGGUGGAAACUCCCACAAAGGGCAUAAUUUCCUUUUAACCGAGAUCAAAGAAAUGACUGUUCAAGAAAAGAAAAAAAACCCAAAUGGCAGAAUGUAAGAUGACUAGUAGACUAGGGUGUAGGCAAUAACAUCCUACCUCAAAACAGAACCAGGAACAAGGUAGAGGAAGCUGAGUUGUUUUAGCGCAGCAGCCAUGAACCAAAACAACAACUUUCUUUGUGCUCUUUAUAUUCUCGCCUUUUUGCAAUCAGGCAAAUCAAACACUGAAGUAUCAAUCAGUCACAGUCCAUACAAAGAGGGUCGCAAUGUGACCUGUGUUCUUUCAGGAAAAGAAAAUAUGACUCAGGUCAACUGGGAAAUGCGAAGAGGCCUAAAUCACACAAAACUCGGCACAUUUCAUCCAACCUUUGGUACUCACAUUCCACCUGAAUAUAAAGCUGAAGUUGAAAUCCAGGGCAAAUCAUCUCAACAUUCAAUAUCUUCCCUUGUCUUUAAAGUAGCAGUAAAUGAAAGUGUGCUAAUCUGUUGUGCGUUUGUAACAUUUCCUUCGGGUAAACUGGAGCAAUGCACUGACAUCAGUAAGAAAGACGACAGCAUCAACACAUCUAUAAAAGCUUUUACUCACAUGAAACGAGAACCAGGGAUGGGAAUAUUUGGACAUUUUGGUGCAAUGGUCAUCGGAUCUAUUCUAUCUCUUUCUACUCUGACCAUCCUAUUCUUCAUAUGCAGAAAGAGCAACUGUAGGAGGAGGCAGUCCUUUGAUAUAUCUGUGCAACUGACAGAACCGCCAGCUGAGACACAAGAAGAAGAAUCACCUCCAAUUCCUCCAAGUUCUUCACAUGGCUUUGACCCCUCCAAACUUUAUGCCAAGAUCAAAAAAGACCUUUUCUAUGGCCGCUUGUGGAAGUCUUACCAAGGCCAGCCCAAGGCAUGGACACAAGACUGCAUGACUGAUCAAGGACAUGUUUAUCACCUGCUAGGACAGAGCCCUUCACCAAAGAGAAAUGCGGAGGCCGGCUCCUUGGGGCCGGAUGAAGCUAAAUGAUUUUCUAUAAGCAGCAAAAGUAUAUAUUUCAGUCUUUGUCUUAAUCAGAGGAACUUUGCCAUAUUAAGUAAAAUACAGCAUACCGGAAUGUAUUAUUAGAUGAAAAUUUAAUAAAAGUAUAUUUGUUUA